GAUAGCCUGGGGAGAAAUGCCAAAUGUGGGUGAAGGGGAGAAGAAAAGCAAAGCACACUGCAUGUGUGUACCUACGCAACUGUCUUGCAUGCUCUGCUCAUGUACCCCAAAACCUAUAAUCCAAUAAAAAAUUAAAAAAAAAAAAAAUUAAUUAACUAAUUUUUUUUUUUGAGACCGAGUGUCACCCACACUGGAGUGCAGUGGUACGAUCUCAGCUCACUGUAACCUCCACCUCCCAGGUUCAAGCAAAUCUCGUGCCUCAGCCUCCUGAGUAGCUGGGAUUAUAGGAGCAUGCCACCAUGCUUGGCUAAUUUUUGUACUUUUAGCAGAAACAGGAUUUCGCCAUGUUGGCUAGGAUGGUCUCUAACUCCUGACCUCAGGUGAUCCGGCUGCCUCGGCCUCCCAAAGUCCUAGGAUUACGCAUGUGAGCCACCACACCUGACCCUAAUUAAUUUUUAAUUGACACAUAUGGUACAUAUUCAUGGGGUAUGGUACAUAUCAGGGGUAUCAGGGUAAUAAACAUAUGUAUCAUCUCAAACAUUUGUCAUUGUUAUAUGUUGGGGACAUUCAAUAUCCUUUCUUCUUUAUUUGAAACUACAUAAUAUAUUAUUGUUAACUAUGCUCAUCCUACAGUGCUACAAAACACUAGAAGUUUUUCCUCCUACCUAGCUGUGAUUUUGUGUUAUUGAACAAAUCUCUCCCUAUCCUCCCCUUCCCUCUCCAGCCUCUAGUAACUUCUAUUCUGUUUUUUUACUUCUAUGAGAUUAAUUUCUUUUUAACAUCUAUGAGUGGGAACAUGUGGUAUUUAACUUUCUGUGCCUGGCUUAUUUCCCUUAACAUAAUGUCUUCUAGUUCCAUCCAUGUCUCUUUGAAUGACAGGAUUUUAUUCUUUUUAAUGGCUGUAAAUCUUUUAGAUGUCUGGCUCAAUAGAAGACCGCUGUAUUCUCAAGCCAGCUAUAUCUUUCAGUCUGCUGCAAUAUGUUUUGUGGUUGAUGUGUAUGUAAUUGGAAAAGGAACAUUUCAUUAGCCUUUUCAGUUAAUCGUGGAUGUUCUUUGAUAAGACACCAAAACUCAGCAAGUGGUAGUUUUUUAAAGUUUUAUUGUAACAUGAAAUCUGAAACCAUAGCAAUGACCUUUUUAUACUCUAUUAUAGCAACACUCACAGUUUUUUUUGCAUUUUGAAUGAAUGUUUUACCCAUGCAGGGUUUUGUCAACACAUGCAUUGGUCAUUUGGAAGUUGCCGGGUCACUGAGUUAUGCACAUCUUCUAAAUGUUGACACAUUUCAUUAUACAACAUCAAAACAUCGCAUUUAUUAAUACCAAUACCAAUCUCAUCAGAAGUCUUUUACUAUUGUGAGGGUAUCAAGCUCAUAAUAGCAGAUAAAAAUUGUCCAAAAUUCAAAUUUUUGCCCAAAAGGUUGAAUUUUCCAUUGACAAUAAACACUGUCAGUUGCUUUUCUUGAAGUGACAGGUGCACUUUAUUCAUUUUGGAGAAAAUGUCUGCCAGAUACCCACGUCUGAAUGAUUAUACUUUGUCUUUCAGCUGUACUUUCAGGUAAGAAUGGUGCUCUGUGAGUCCAGUGGUUACUUCAGCUCACAACUCAAUCACUUAAGGUUUUUUCCUCGAGAAAGUCAUCAUACUUUGAUAUGCAGCAUAACUGCUUAUGCAUCCUUCCCAUUUUGUCACACAGAAUAUUGAAAAGAUGUGUCUCUAAGAGUUGAGAUUUAAUAAAAUUUGUAACUUCUACUACAGUUUGGUGCCACUUGCUGAUUUGUGCUAGCAGUUUUACCCAUUGUUGCUUUUGCAGGGUCCUUGAAAAUGUCAAUAUCAUGAAAAAGGCAAACAACGUCUUUAUUCUGAUGAAUGUAGUUUUAACCUGGCUGAUAGGGCCUCAGGGACGUCCAAGGUUCAUGGACCACACAUUAAGAACUGCUGCUCUAGAGGAACUCUUGCACAUGUGAGCAGGAAAUAUCUAUCAAGAAUGUUCAGGGCAGUACUGUUUAUAAAAGCAAAUGCCUGGAAACAGCCCACAUUUCUAUCAGUAAGGGAUGAAAGAAACUGUUGGUAGAUUUAUAUAAUGGUCUACUAUACUCUAUAGCAGUGAAUGAAUAUCAUAGGGCUCUGUGAAACAAACUAGAUUAAUUUCAGUGUCAUAAUUUGUACUCCCCCAAAACAGAGUAUGAGAUGUGAGACAAGUCUUUUGGUGCAGGGGUGUGUUUAGGAGGUAAUCCCAGGAAGCAGAAAUGGGAGUGAGCAGAGAAGGAAAAAAGUCAAUAAAAGGUGCAAUAUGGAGCACCUGUCACUAUUGAGUACGUGCUCAGUCACAUUGGGAACAUUUGAAGGAAUCAUGCAGAAUACAGCGCAGAGCUGAAGGUGUAAGGCUGGAGCAUUUUUCCUUGACUCCCCUCACUGCUGUUUCUGUCUCCAAGACUUUGGCUUUGGUGAAAUCCUGGGUUGCACAGCCUUCCAAGGCUUUGUAGAGAGCCCUGAGGCAGGUAAGCUGAAGGAUGCUGUGGCCUGUGAGGGGGCAUGCUGGCAGCUUGCCUGCAAGUCUCAGCUACACCAAAAUUGAGUGGGCUGAGGGGACAUGGUGGGGGCCACCACAGAUGUCUGCUAGACUCAGAAAUUAAUGUUGGAUAAAAAAAGGGAAUCAUUGGGAAUUAUGGACAAUGGGCUCCAUCUUUAAAAAGACAUAAAUGUAUAAUGUAUUAUUAAGGAUAUAAUUAUGGAGAUUAUGAAUAUACAGUUAAGGAUAUUAUGAAAGCAAGACAGGAGGGAAGCGUUUAUCACAUGUUGAACAGUCAGCAAGUUUGCUUGUCAGAAGGCACAUGUCAGGGUGUAGCUGGAGAUAAAGAUAGUGAGUUAAAGAAGGUGGCUAAUUGGUGGAUGUCUUUGAAACCAAUCUUCCAAUUUACUCUGAUUUGAAAAGUAAAGAGGGGAAGGGAAGGUUUUUAGAAAGAAUGUGAUAGGAUCAAAACACAUCAAAGAGAAUUACUAUUGGCAGCAUUGGAGGAAAAGGCAGCGGAGGGCAAAGGUCUCUUCUACCUGGUCAAUCAUACUCAGUGGUUCCCUCGAUUUUUGGGAGCCUCCUCUUUGCUCUGUUCUUUUAUCAAAGGCUGACAGACAGGGUGUGGUUUGCUGGUUUACAGGGACAGUUAGAAAGGAGUACUGUGGGGCAGAGAGAGCCCUGGCCUCUCAUUUUAUAAAAUAUGAACUUUCCCUGGCCCACAUCCCUCAACCUUCCUGAUGCUUCUGCCUGCUGCCCCCUGAUCUCUCUUCAUGGGUCAGGAGUGUUUCCAGCUUGCAAACUCCAGCUUUGCCUGUGAGAGGAACAAGAGUCCAUGAUCCAGAAGGUGAGACUUGUAGCACGCCAGCCUCCUUGUGAACAUUUACCGCGUUCAACCCCCACCAUAAUCCCUCAAGGAGGCACAGUUCACAAAAUACCCGUUUUGAAGAUGAAGAAACAGUCUCAGAGAAGUUCGGUCGCAAUACCCCGAGGAGUUCGGAUGGAGAUGGCGAGUUCCGCUGGCUGCUGGCUCUCUGGCUGCCUCAUCCCUCUCGUCUUCUUCCGGCUGCCUGCACAUGUGUCAGGCCUCGCAGGGGAUGCCGGCAAGUUCCACGUGGCCCCGCUAGGGGGCAGAGCCGAGCUGCUCUGCCCUCUCUCCCUCUGGCCCGGGAUGGUGCCCACGGAGGUGAGGUGGUUGCGGUCCCCGUACCCGCAGCGCUCCCAGGUUGUGCACGUGUUCCGGGAUGGGAAGGACCGGGAUGAAGAUUCGAUGCCGGAAUAUAUGGGGAGGACGGCGCUGGUGAGAGACGCCCAAGAGGGAAGUGUCACUCUGCAGAUUCUCGACGUGCGCCUGGAGGACGGAGGGUCUUACCGAUGUCUGAUCCAGGUUGGAAAUCUGAGUAAAGAGGACACCGUGAUCCUGCAGGUUGCAGCCCCAUCUGCGGGGAGCGUCUCCCCCUCAGCAGUGGCUCUGGCUGUGAUCCUGCCUGUCCUGGUACUUCUCAUUCUGGUGUGCCUUUGCCUUAUCUGGAAGCAAAGAAGAGCAAAAGAGAAGCUUCUCUAUGAGCAUGUGACGGAGGUGGACAAUCUUCUUUCAGACCAUGCUAAAGAAAAAGGAAAACUCCAUAAAGCUCUCAAGAAACUCCGGAGUGAACUGAAGCUGAAAAGAGCUGCAGCAAACUCAGGCUGGAGAAGAGCCCGGCUGCAUUUUGUGGCAGUGACCCUGGACCCAGACACAGCACAUCCCAAACUCAUCCUUUCUGAGGACCAAAGAUGUGUGAGGCUUGGAGACAGAAGGCAGUCUGUACCUGACAACCCCCAGAGGUUUGAUUUUGUUGUCAGCAUCCUGGGCUCUGAGUACUUCACGUCUGGCUGCCACUACUGGGAGGUGUAUGUGGGAGACAAGACCAAAUGGAUUCUGGGGGUGUGUAGUGAGUCAGUGAGCAGGAAGGGGAAGGUUACUGCCUCACCUGCCAAUGGACACUGGCUUCUGCGACAGAGUCGUGGGAAUGAGUAUGAAGCUCUCACAUCCCCACAGACCUCCUUCCGCCUUAAAGAGCCUCCACGGUGUGUGGGGAUUUUCCUGGACUAUGAUGCAGGGGUCAUCUCUUUCUACAAUGUGACCGACAAGUCUCACAUCUUUACUUUCACCCACAGUUUCUCUGGCCCCCUUCGCCCCUUCUUUGAACCUUGCCUUCACGAUGGAGGAAAAAACACAGCACCUCUAGUCAUUUGUUCAGAACUACACAAAUCAGAGGAACGAAUUGUCACCAAGCCAGAAGGGAAAGGCUAUGCUAAUGGAGAUAUGUCCCUGAAGGUUAACUCUUCCUUACUACCCCGUAAGGCUCCAGAGCUGAAGGAUAUUAUCCUGUCCUUGCCCUCUGACCUCGGCCCAGCCCUUCAGGGGCUCAAGGUUCCUUCUUUUUAGGGAUAUGUCAUAUUACCUGCUCCCAUCACCAUCCAGCCCAGCACCCUGGACUUCAUACUCCUGGCCCAACCCUAUAAUUCUGGAAUGUCUCUUCUCCCUAACCAAAUCCAGAUCCUUUUGUGAUUUCUAUUUGUAUCACUUUUCUCCCAGGACUCAGUUCUGAAGCUUGCCUUUCUUCUAAGGAACUGAAGUUCCCAGUGAUGUGGAGGGAGGAUUCCUGGAAAUGAAACAAUCAGUUUAGGUGUAGGUGGAGAUGUUGAAUAUGUGUUACCAAGAUACAGCACAGGUUCAGGGGAAAGAGUCUUCUACUCCAGGGGUUAUUUAGAAGACAUUUUCUCUGCCUCAUCCUGCCUUCAAGCUUUAGUCAAGAAGUUAUGGCUCCCAGUCCCUGACUGCUUCCUUAUCCCAUCAAGGACUGCUUUUCUCUCCUUCUCUGUCUCAGUUCUGACCUCUGGCCCCCAAAGUCAGCUUUCUAUAAGUAAGCAUGUUUUAGACCAUUCACUCUUUCCCUCUUUCUUCAGGAAUGAGUUGGGGGAAGCUGAGGAGUAAAACAUACCAUCCUUUUCUAUUUUCUUGAUGCUGUUUACAAUGUAGUUUGGUGAUACCCAGAGCUGAUGUACAUGCUUUCAAAAACGAAUCUGCCUGUUGAUGAUAACUAGGUACAGGGAUUUUAAACACAGUUGCUAUAACCCCGAAGAGCCUCAGAAGCACAUCAGGGAGCUGGGAAGCACAGCUGCAGAGAGCUCAGCCGUGUAUUGCCCUCUGACCUUGGCCCAGCCCUUCAGAGGCUCAGUCUGUUGUGACUGUCUUAUGAGUCAAUCUGUCGUGCCAGCCCUUCCUGAGAUUCAGAGAGGCCCAGAUAGAAAAAGUGGCAGUUUUAACCACCAACUUAGAAACUAUUUUUCCCCACAAGACCAUUGUACUGGAAUACUUGACUAUUUGUGUAUCAAACGGCCUCUUAGGUUGGAGAGUAUUGAUUUCAAAUAAGAAGUUGGUAGACUAGGUGCGAGGAUGAAAUAAUGACCCUGAUUUUUGGGCGUGUAUUGCGGAAGCCUAGUCACUUUCAAGUCACACUGCAUAUGUGAUCUGGCCUAAUCGUGGAGAUACUGGUUAUCAGUUUGCAGAUGAAUACACAGUUCUAUGCAACAGAAACUGUAUCUUUCUGUUUGUCAGAAGUUCUCUGUUCAUUCCUGUAUUAGUCAAGGUUUUCCAGAUAAACAGAAAGGGCAGGGAGGACAGUGGUUAUUAUAAGAAAUAGGCUUACAUGAUUAUGGAGGCUGUUAAACCCCAAGAUCUGCAGGGUAAGUCAGCAAGCUGGAGUACCAUGAGAGCUGAUGGUUUCGUUCCAGUCUGAUGGCAGCAGGCUUGACAUCAAGGAAGAGCUCAUGUUUCAGUUCAAGUCUGAAGGCAGGGAAAAAGCUGAUGACCCUGUCCAAAGGCUAUCAGGAGGGACGAAUUCUCUUAGUCAGGGCAGAGUUAGCUCUUUUGUUCUAUUCAGGCCUUCAUCUGAUCCAAUGACCCUUGGCCCACAUUUGGGAGAACAGUCUGCACUACUCAGUCUACUGAUUUGAAUGUUAAUGUCAUUGAGAAACACCCUCACAGGAACACCCAGAAUAAUGUUUGACCAAAUAGCUGGGCAUCUUGUGUCCCAGUCACAUUGGUACAUAAGAUUAACUGUCACAGUGACUAGUGGAAAUUUUUGUUUGCUUCUGUACAGUUUUAAAAUAAAAGUUUGGUAUUUGUUGUUUG